CAUACUCAAGAGAUUCCCGAAAGCAUUUAAAAAGUUUUUACCUCAUUCCCAUUGUUCCCAAACUCCUCUGCUGAAGAUUGCAUUUCUAUUGCAUGUGAGAAGACUUACUUUUAGAAUGUCAAUUUCUUCUGUCAGCCUUUAUAUGUUGCAUGAUAGGCCUGAUGUGGGAUUCAGGAAUGAAAGAAGACCUUGAAUUUUGAAGUGAAUUGAACUGAAAAUCGAAUAAAGUUCUGAACGAACGAUUCUGGUUAUCUGCAGCAAGUAACAACGAAAAUGGCAAAGUUAUUCCGAAUAGUGAAACUCCCCGACCGAUUCAACACAGAAGUUUUCACUUUUCAGCUUCCAGCAAAACUUAUUAAAGAGAAUGCCCCCUCGUCUUUUUCGAAAGACUUUAUCUACGGCUACCAAAAAUGGACUGUAAGUUUUGUCAAGAGCGAGCGGCAUUUGGGUGCGUUUCUGAAGCUCCAAACAGCCUCUCUUCACGUGGUAUGCAAAGUUGAUUAUGCUUUUACCAUGGUUAACACCGAGCAUUUCACCAAAAACGAAUCCUUCAUCGAAAAAGGGUCCGAGUUUACUAAGGAAUGCGACACCAGAGGGCGCCAAACUUUCAUAUCACUGGAGGACCUGGUGAGACGAACAUUCAUACAGCAAACUGGGGAUUUCCUCGUUGAGCUGGAACUCAGACACGUUACUACUGCAAUGGAAUGUUUCGUCAGAAUUCCAAAAGACUACCAAGCACGAUACGCAAGUAACAUUAAACUUGAGACACCUUAUUUUAGUUUUGGAUUAUUUGACUGGAGCAUCUCUCUCUAUCCGAACACUCCCACCCAUGAGACGGAGGGUAAUGUAGCAGUUCAACUUCACAGGCACACAAACUUUGACCAUCUAUGUCGUGUUCAGUAUGAAAUAAGAAUAGGUGAAAAUCAGGCAUUUGAGUCAGGUAACAUAGAACAGUGGCUAGACGGAAGUGGAAAUGGUGAACCUUACAUUAUCGGAUCCACUAUACAUAUGCUGUCCAGGGGCCGCUCUACGGUCCGAGUCCGUGUAAACAUGUUUUCUGUUGUUUCCAUCAGCGAAGCUGCACUUCCAGUAUUAAACAAGAACCGUAACCGUGUCCACAUGUACGAUAGAGACAAACAGGCUUGGAUGUUAGAAUCUGACAUCUCUGGAAAAUAUCUGGCCUUCAAACUUUACUACACUGACGUAUCACAUGUUCCUCGAAAAUGUACCCGGCUUGUCAGCUUUGACUUGGCGGUUUUAUCUACUGACGUUGACCGUCCUACAAUCAAAGCUAGCAAUGGUCCGUUCAGCCGCUAUUAUGUACAAGAAGACUUAGAUGAAGGAUUCAAAAUGCACACAAAUAUACCGGUUAGAGAGCUUCAAGAUCCUCGGUGCGAGUUUCUCUCGGCUGAGGAUCAGAAAGUAACAGUCCACAUCCAUUGGAUAGAUUCUCAUCUUUUAACCACGCCCACUUACCACAGUCUAGAUGACGUCAGCAGGUUACACAAACACCAAAUGAUGAGGGAAAUUAUGGCCCUGCAGGCUGAGAAUUAUGCCCUGGAGAAACAACUGUAUAGCUACCAGAAAUCUAUCGCCCGGUCAAGCUCCCGGGGACAGUCCGAAUCCGACGACUAUCCUAAAGAAAAGAACCACUAUCGAUAGGAAAUAAAAUAUCCGUGGAAUCCAACGAACUGUUUUCAACGGGAAAUGUAAUCUCCGAAUAAUCCGGAUAUUAUCAAGUGAUAAGAUAAUCGAACCAUACUGUAAAUCAAUGAAUUUUGGGAAGCGUUUUAUUAUUAUCAUUCCUCACUAAAUAAUUGGAAAUUCUGAUAGUAAUUUGUUCACUAAUAUUACACGAUUGUUAGUUGUUGGACAUUGAAAAAAAUCAUCAGUUAAUAUUUGUUACAUUAUUUGCACAUGUUAAGUAGAAAUUUAUUCAAAAAUAAAUGUUUUUCAUCAUAUUGCACAACAGAAAGAGUCGAGGAAAUUUUGUGUUCGAUCAAAUGUGCCUUCGUUUGCCGACAUUGAUGAAUGAUAAGCUCUACAAUGAUGGCAGUCUUGCAAUGGAACCACAUCGUUUCUCUUUGAUAUGUGCUUAAGGUUUUCAACAAAUUCAUCACAGGAUAUGAGUCCUUGUACUUAGUCAUAUUUGAAUUGAAGAAUCAAGAAAAUUAAGGUUAUCGCAAAUGGAAACAUAUUAUCUUACAUAAUCUUUGUAAAUCGUUAAUCAUGUACAACUAAAACGCAAUCAAUUUACUGUUUGUGAGGACAAGAAAAAUCACGCUAUGUCACUCGAAACACGCAUUAUUUUUUGCAACGAGCUGCAAUAUGGAUUUUAUUAAGGUGAUUAAUAUAUUUAAUUCUUUCAUUUAAGCAAGUACCAUUAGGAUACGAACAACAAAAGUAAAGAUAUUAA